UACUGUAGAGCGAAAAUGGGAGUAGAAAUUGAGACAAUAACUCCGGGAGAUGGACGAACAUUCCCUAAGAAGGGGCAGCGCGUCGUGGUGCACUAUGUGGGAACACUUGCUGAUGGGAAAGUGUUCGACUCUUCGAGGUCCAGGGGGAAGCCAUUUAAGUUCAAGAUUGGGCACCAGGAGGUUAUCCGUGGUUGGGAGGAAGGAGUAGCUCAGAUGAGCGUGGGCCAGCGGGCAAAGCUUAUAUGCUCACCAGACUAUGCCUAUGGCAGCAAAGGUCACCCAGGGAUUAUCCCACCAAAUGCCACUCUCACCUUUGAUGUGGAGCUGCUCGGGUUGGAAGCCUGAAACUUGUGCACUCAACUUUAAUUCCACUCAAAUUUUCAGGGUCAACUCCUAUCUCGGGAGCAUGGAGGAAAAAUGUUCAGAUGAUUCCUGCUCUUGAUUCCUGCAUAGGACCUACGUUUAUAGCGACACUAGUUCAUUCUCUGGUCCAUUCAGAUAUAAGAUGAAUUGCAUCACUUGCUUUAAAACUUUCAUUUGUUAUAGUAAACCUAGGUUUCCUUACAGUAAUAAGUCAUAGGCCAUCCUAUCAUAUAUAUUUUGUCAUUAUUCUGCUAUGUAUUUUUAUGAUUUAUUUUAUUUUUUUGUUGACUUAUGAAUUGACUAUUCGAUCUCAAAAUUAGCUGCUAGCAGGACCGUGUUUUUAGUUACGUGUCAUAAGUACUGAAUCAGUCUCAUUCCUGUGGCUCUGAGGCCUUUACAGUGAUAUUGUAUUGAUUGCGGGUAAUGAAUUGUAUCGAGUGAAAAUAAUAAUAAAUCAACACAAUAUAUUUCUAUGAAAAACCUUUGUGAUACUUGCUAGUGGGGUAAUUUAGAAAAAAUGUGAACAUGCAGAAAGUAAUGUUCCCAGGGAUAAACAAAUCAAGCACAUUAAUGCCAUGAAUAGCCUACAGCAAUUAUUAUUUUCUUUUUAUUAUUUUAACUGCAGAAUCGUUUUUAAUCAUGAGUAUUGGUUAUUUUUUUUACAACUGACCAAAAUCUUGAAGUUUCAGGGAAAUAACAUUUGGUCUCUUGUUAAGUUGCUCCCCAUAACCCCCUUACUUGUAUUUUACUGCUUAGCUUUUCCUGAUACGUCAAGUAUUAUUUAAUGGUAUUACAGCACACUUACAAUAAAAAGGAGGAAUAAAAACAAGCAUCGUUUAUUCUCCAUUAAGAAACAUGUUUUUUUUCUAUUUUAAGUUUCUUGUGACAUUACAGGUAACUGGUGUGGAAAUGACGUUGAGAAAUUAAAAAUUUAGAAUUGCAUCUGUGAAUGUUUAUGAGCAAAAGUUCAAGACAGCAGUGUGUUGGUUUAACCAUAUAUAAAACAUUUUACAUUGAAAUCUGCCUCAUUGAUUAUACUUUAUUAAAAGAUUCCUGAGAGCGAAAACAUUGCUUCUUUUUACUUAAAGUUGCUGCAACUGAGACGUCUCGGCUGACACUGAAAGUCCACCUGUGUUACCGUUAACUGAAAGCAGCUCACACUGACACAAAUGACUUGAGUGUGGAUCUUUACUUACAGCUUUUCACACAUUUUGACCUUAUAUGAAACAAAAUGGCGGUUCUCUUCACAGAACUGCUCAUCUUCCCUUUGAAUUCAUUCUUGUGCAUCACAAACUUGUAUGUUUUUAGUCUUAAAACACAAAUUUCUGCAAAUUUAGCAGAGAAGUUGUUGAAAUAUUUAUGUAUUGUAUACAUGACAUAACUGCAUUUUAGUACUCAGAAAGUCUGUUACGCGCUCACAUUUUCUACCAUUUUCAGAUGCAAAAAUGAAGCUUUCUGCCUCUUAAAAACCAAAAUCAGUCUUGUUUCCUGUUGGCAUGAUUUGUGUGUGUGUGUGUUUUUUUUAUAUAUCCAUUAUGUGAAUAAACCUGUCAUAACUCAA